AUGAUUAAGAGUAGUCGUCGGGAACAUGAAAGAAUUCACAGUGGAGAGAAACGCUAUGAAUGUAAACAAUGUAGUAAAACAUUCGGGUAUUCCAGUCAUCUUCGGAGACAUGAAAGAAUUCACAGUGGAGAGAAACCCUAUGAAUGUAACCAUUGUAGUAAAACAUUCAGCCAAUCCAGUAGUCUUCGGGCACAUGAAAGAAUUCACAGUGGAGAGAAACCCUAUGGUUGCAAACUGUGUAGUAAAACAUUCAGUUAUGCCAGUAGUCUUUGGGCACAUGAAAGAAUUCACAAUGGAGAGAAACCCUAUGAAUGCAAACUGUGUAGUAAAACAUUCCAUGAUUGCAGUAGUCUUCAGAGACAUGAAAGAAUUCACACUGGAGAGAAACCCUAUGAAUGUAACCAUUGUAGUAAAACAUUCAGGCAAUCCAGCAGUCUUAGGGAACAUGAAAGAAUUCACAGUGGAGAGAAACCCUAUGAAUGUAAACUGUGUAGUAAAACAUUCAGGCAUUCCAGUAGUCUUCGGGCACAUGAAAGAAUUCACAGUGGAGAAAAACCCUAUGAAUGUAAACAGUGUAGUAAAAUAUUCAGUGAUUCCAGUAGUCGUCGGAGACAUGAAAGAAUUCACAGUGGAGAGAAACCCUAUGAAUGUAAACAAUGUAGUAAAACAUACAGUUCUUCCAGUAAUCUUUGGGCACAUGAAAGUAUUCACAGUGGAGAGAAACCCUAUGAAUGUAAACAAUGUAGUAAAACAUUCAGUUAUGCCAGUAGUCUUCAGAGACAUGAAAGAAUUCACAGUGGAGAGAAACCCUAUGAAUGUAACCAAUGUAGGAAAACAUUCAGGCAAUACAGUAGUCUUCGGGCACAUGAAAGAAUUCACAGUGGAGAGAAACCCUAUGAUUGCAAACUGUGUAGUAAAACAUUCGGUUAUGCCAGUAGUCUUUGGGCACAUGAAAGAACUCACAGUAGAGAGAAUCCCUAUGAAUGCAAACUGUAG